AUGGCUGUGCGCCCCUUUGUGAUGCUCAAAGCCUCUUUCGCCUUUCAUGCAUAUUCACGUGGUUUGCCUAACGGGUUGGUCCAAUACGUUUGUGGGCUAAAACUGAUUGAACAGGCUGGAGCAAAGAGAGGUAAAAAUGCCAUGCGGAGCGAUGCAGUGCAGAUGCAGCCUGCUUUAUGUCCACCAACAACAUAUUCUCCCUCCGUAUCUGCCCAAGGUGCGCAUGUUAGGUACCAGAACCUUGGCCGUCCAACCUUCACAUGCCAUAAUUGUGCGGCGAUCAUGUGGUAUGAAGAGAGGAAUAAAAAUACAAAGUCGUCUGAUGGGACGACUUUCUCUUCGUGCUGCCAGGAUGGCAAGGUUUUGCUUGCUCGCCUUCUUGAUCCGCCUGAACCAUUAAGAUCAUUACUUGAUUAUAACGACCCGGCGACACUUAGAUUCAGAGAACAUAUUAGAGUUUACAAUAGCAUGUUCUGUUUCACAUCGUUUGGGGGAAAGAUUGAUCAUGCUAUAAACAGUGGUCGAAGCCUAUACACCUUCCGAAUAAGUGGGCAGAACUACCACCGAAUAGGCUCCAUGUUGCCAGUUGAAGGUGAGCAACCAAGAUAUGCUCAGCUGUAUUUCUACGACACGCAAAACGAAGUUAAAAACCGUAUAACUGCUUUGUUUGGCCAGACCCAUUGUCACGACACAUGUGAUGAAGCAAUUGUUGCGUCCCUCAUCAGAAUGUUAGACACCCACAGUCCUUUGGCUACCGCCUUCCGCAUGGCACGUGACUGGUGCACUCAAAAUGAAAGAAACAGUUGUCAACUACGCUUACUUGGCCAAAUAAUAAACAAUCCACAAUACAACCGCCCUAAUGUGUCUGAAGUUGCUGUUCUUAUCACAAACGACUUUGGGGACAACACUGAACCACGUGAUAUUAUCGUUAGCACAAAGCACGGCGCACUUCAACGCAUAUCAGAAUUACAUCAGCUUUACAUGCCUUUGCAAUAUCCGUUGUUGUUUCCGUACGGAGAGACCGGGUUCCACGAACGAAUACACUACCAUGACAACACCGGACGUCAGGCGACUAAACGACAAUGUGUCACAAUGCGGGAAUACUACUGCUACAGAAUCCAUUAUCGCAAUAACAAAGGCACCACCCUGUUAAGAGGCGGUCGUUUAUUCCAACAGUAUUUAGUUGACUCAUACGCAGCUAUUGAAGAACAAAGAUUGCGCUGGAUGAGGAAUAACCAAAAUGAGCUGCGCGUUGAGCUCUAUCAUAAUGUUUGUGACGCUGUGACGCGUGGGGAUACAAAUGCUGAGGCUAUCGGGCAACGUAUAGUUUUACCGGCAACCUUUACGGGCAGUCCAAGAUAUAUGAUCCAAAAUUACCAAGACGCCAUGGCUUUGUGCCGUACUUUUGGGAACCCCGACCUGUUUGUAACGUUUACAGCUAACCCAAAAUGGCCUGAAAUCGAAGACAUGGUGUCUCUCAUACCAGGCCAAAAGUCUCAUGACCGUGCAGAUGUUGUAUCACGCGUUUUUAAGCUAAAACUGACCUCCUUGAUUGAAGAUAUUACGAAGAAACAAAUCUUUGGCAGCUGCCAAGCAGCUGUUUAUACAAUUGAGUUUCAAAAACGAGGCCUACCGCACGCGCACCUUUUGUUGUGGCUUGAACAUUCUGCCGAGUCUCGCACGCCGGCUGGCAUAGAUGAUUUGAUUUCUGCAGAGAUCCCAUCGGAAAUUGACGAUCCAUCCGGCUAUAAGGCUGUAACAGAUUACAUGUUGCAUGGCCCAUGUGGGAAUGAUGCGCGCAGUGCUCCGUGUACAACAGAUGGAAAAUGCAUGAAACACUUUCCGAAACCAUUUUACCGAGAAACAAAAAUUGACGAAGACGGUUACCCGGUUUAUCGCCGACGAGAUACCAAGAUCUUCUUUAAGAAGGGCAAAACGAAGCUUGACAACCGGUUUGUCGUCCCAUACAACCGCUACCUCCUCUUAAAGUACGAAUCGCACAUCAAUGUUGAAUGGUGCAACCAAUCCCGAGCGAUAAAAUACCUGUUUAAAUACUUAAGCAAGGGGCCAGACAGGGCUACAAUGGUUGUUCAGGAAAACAUUGGCAAUAACGGUGAAAAGCGUACACAACAGAUUGUUAAGGUUGAUGAGAUUAAAAACUAUCUGGAUUGCCGGUACUUAUCACCAUGUGAAGCUGUGUGGAGAAUGCUUGCAUUCCCUAUACAUUACUCAUUCCCAUCCGUCAUGAAACUAACGUUCCAUACACCUAAUCAACAUCUGCUCACGUUACGUGAUUCAGACAGCUUGCCGGCCCUGUUAAAUCGGGACGGGAUACGAGACACGAUGUUCACCCAAUGGUUUGCGCUAAACAACAGACAUGAAGCGGCAAGAGAGUUAACGUACGCCGAGAUACCAACAAGGUAUGUGUGGCAAGAGGAUAACAAGGUAUGGAAAACGCGGUUGGAGCGGACAGCCAUUGGGCGGAUUGUGUAUUGCAAUCCAGCAGCUGGGCCAAAGUAUUAUCUAAGAAUGUUGUUGGGAAUUGUAAGAGGGCCUCGAAGUUUCGAAGAAAUAAAAACGGUCGACGGAGUCGUAUAUGCAACGUUCAAAGAAGCCUGCUAUGCGUAUGGCUUGCUUAAUGAUGACAAGGAGUGGAAUGACGCCCUGUCAGAGGCUAAAUUAUGGGCGUCCGGUUCCCAACUACGGGAAUUGUUUGUUACCAUGUUGUUGUUUUGCGAAGUGAAUCGCCCGGCGCAACUCUGGGCACAAAAUUGGGAGAUACUAUCUGAUGAUAUUUUGUACCUGAAACGUAGGCUCUUCAUGUUCCCAGGGUUACAUUUAUCUGACGACCAGCUUAAGAACUACUGCCUGAUCGAACUAAAUGAACUAUUGGAGAAAAAUGGAAAAUCGUUAUCGGAUUUCACAGAUAUGCCCCAACCGGAUACGUCGCUCCUCGAUAAGAUGUAUAAUCGUCUAAUUAGGGAAGAGUUGAGUUACAAUAAAAAAAAGAUGACAGACGAACACGAUCGAUUAUAUGCAUCACUGAACACGGAACAAACGGUCAUAUACGACACAAUCAUUGAUUCUGUUACCACCCGAAAAGGCGGGUUCUAUUUCGUGUAUGGUCCGGGUGGGACAGGCAAGACGUUCCUGUACAAAGCCAUUCUGUCACGCUUAAGAUCUAUGGGCAUGAUUGCCCUUGCGGUUGCAUCUUCGGGUAUCGCGUCCCUUCUAUUACCCGGUAGUCGGACAGCUCAUAGUCGCUUCGCUAUCCCUUUAGAAUUACUUCACAAUACACGUGUGCCAUCAAACAAAAUACCCAAUUGGCACACCUGUUACAAGAGGUAA